AUGGGCGAUGUUGAGAAAGGCAAGAAGAUUUUUGUUCAGAAGUGUGCCCAGUGCCACACCGUGGGAAAGGGAGGCGAGCACAAGACUGGACCAAAUCCCCACGGUCUGUUUGGGAGGAAGGCAGGCCAGGCUGCUGGAUUCUCGUACACAGAUGCCAACAAGAACAAAGGCAUCACCUGGGGAGAGGAUACCCUGAUGGAGUAUUUGGAGAAUCCCAAAAAAUACUUCCCUGGAACAACAAUGAUCUUCGCUGGAAUUAAGAAGGAAGAGAGGACAGGCCUAAUAGCUUAUCUUAAAAAAGCUACUCAUGAGUAA